CCCAGCGGUUCUUUAAAACAUCGACAAGGAUUGGAUAUUUCACACAGCGCCUCAUCUGGUCCUGAAGAUUUUCUUCAUCUAUUUUUUUUCCUUUUUUUGCUUUCAUUUGCAUCCUCUUACUUGGAUUUUAGGCAUUGGGUUGGGUACAUUUAUGGGUUGCUAGUAGGACAGAACGGGUAACUCGCAAUGGCCGUGGUUCUGGAUGCAGCGUGGCUGAGGGUGAAGAACGUCUGCAAACAGAAUGGGCUCCUCAUCAUGUCGGUGCUGGCUGUGGUCAUUGGGUGUCUUUUAGGAUUCUUCCUGAGGACACGACGUCUCACAGAGCAGGAGGUGAAGUACUUCCAGUUUCCUGGAGAACUGCUGAUGAGGAUGCUGAAAAUGUUAAUUCUCCCUCUCGUUGUAUCCAGUUUGAUGUCAGGACUGGCAGCCCUUGAUGCCAAGUGUUCCAGUCGGCUCGGUCUGAUCACAGUGUCUUAUUACCUGUGGACUACCUUUGUGGCUGUGAUAGUGGGGAUCAUAAUGGUCUCCAUCAUCCAUCCAGGCGGUGCAGCACAGAAAGAGGACUCUGAGGACAGCGGAAAGCCUAUCAUGAGCUCUGCUGAUGCUCUGCUGGAUCUCAUCCGCAACAUGUUCCCAUCUAAUCUGGUCCAGGCCACAUUUCAGCAGUAUCGAACAAACAGCGAGUACAUUGUGAAGCCUAAACCGACGGUGAGUCAGACCCAAUCAGAGUCCACUACACGGCGAGCACUCAUCUACGGCAUCCAGGAUGAUAAUGGAACUGACAUCCAGAACUUUGCCCUUGAUCUGACUCCACCUCCCGAUGUUCUCAUACGCACCCGAGAAGGAACAAGUGAUGGAAUGAAUGUCCUUGGAAUUGUUAUAUUUUCUGCCACCAUGGGGAUUAUGCUGGGAAGGAUGGGGCCAAAUGGCAGCGCCUUGGUGAACUUCUGCCAGAGCUUGAAUGAGGCCGUCCUCAGAAUUGUUGCCAUAGUUAUAUGGUACUUCCCAUUUGGCAUUGUGUUCCUGGUGGCCGGUAAGAUUCUAGAGAUGAGUGAUCCAUCAGCAAUGGGGAAAAAGCUGGGUUUCUAUGCCGUCACCGUGGUAUUUGGUCUGGUGUUACAUGGCUUGUUCAUCCUACCUGCAAUGUACUUCUUCAUCACCAAAAAGAGCCCCAUUGUUUACAUACGAGGAAUCCUGCAAGCCUUGCUCAUCGCCCUGGCAACCUCUUCCAGCUCUGCCACAUUGCCUAUAACCUUCAAGUGCCUCUUAGAGAACAACCACAUUGACCGUCGCAUCAUUCGUUUUGUGCUCCCUGUGGGCGCCACCAUCAAUAUGGAUGGCACUGCUCUCUAUGAAGCUGUUGCAGCAAUAUUCAUCGCACAAGUCAAUAAUUAUGAGCUGGACUUUGGCCAGAUCAUCACCAUCAGUAUCACGGCCACUGCAGCCAGUAUAGGAGCAGCAGGGAUACCCCAAGCCGGACUGGUCACCAUGGUGAUAGUGCUAACGUCAGUUGGGUUGCCAACUGAUGACAUCACUCUUAUCAUUGCAGUCGACUGGGCAUUAGACAGAUUCCGCACCAUGGUGAACGUAAUGGGGGAUGCUUUGGCCACAGGAAUCAUGGCACACAUCUGCAGGAAGGACUUCAUGAAAGAGGGAGAUGGGGUACCUUUGAUCUGUGAGACCAAACCAAUGAACACCCCACCUCUGAUGAACUGUCGCAACAACAAUGGCAACUACCGCCCACCUUCUUCAGGAGUCAAACGCGAGCUCAUCCCUUCUGACGUGGCCAGAUUGAUGCAGUUGGAGGAGGGCGUCCGGCCACCGUCAGAGAGGAAGAAACCUCCAAUUCCUCCAAGGCACUUGAAGAAAAACAAAGAACACUGCACCAUUGACAUGAAUGGCCUUGAGACCAAUGUAUAGCCUCCUUCUGGAGUUUGAAGGGAUGUCUUUGUUGAUGUGCUGAUCAGAACCUGGACACCUGCAAGUGUGGGAGAACAGCACGGACUGGCUCACCUUCAUCUCUCAGUUUAUCAUGGGGGAACGAACUCAUGGAGCAAAACUCAAUAUGAAACCAAAAGGUCAACAGUAUGAUUUUAUUCAUAAAACUCAUCCUUUAUGUGGACCUGCAGCGUGAACUCACACCUGAACUCCCAGACUCUGAUUACAGGUCUAAGUACCUGCAUUGACACACUGAUUUCUAUUUGAUAUCUACAUUUUUUAUGAUUUAUUAAUUAAUUUAUUAAUGAAUUUUUUGUCCGUGUGCAACAUGUUAACAAAUGUUUAUUAAAUUUUAUACUACUGCAAACAACCAGUUUUUUU